GUGGCGCCGCCUAGCACCGGGAACGCGGCACGCGUGGAACCAGGUGUGGCAUCCAGCCAUGCUGCUGCUGCCCAGCCCCAGACCUCCAUGGGCGCUACCACGGUGGGUGCUGCGCUUCUGGCUGCAGGUUGCGCUGCGCGGAUGACGCCCAAGGGAAAGGGACAGCGAAAGGCCGUGAAGCUUGCGGCAGUGAGCACCGACACCGAUGUGGAAACCGACUGCAUCAACUCCAUUCGCUUUUUGGCGGUAGAUGCGGUGAACAAGGCCAACUCGGGCCACCCCGGUGCACCCAUGGGGCAGGCACCGAUCGGCUACCUCCUGUUCGCCGAAGAGAUGGCGUACAACCCCAAGGACCCUUCGUGGUGCAAUCGUGACCGCUUCGUGCUCUCGUCGGGCCACGGCUGUAUGCUGCAGUACUCCCUGCUGCACCUGGCCGGAUACGACAGCGUGGCGAUGGAUGACCUGAAGCAGUUCAGGCAGUGGGGCUCCAAGACCCCCGGCCACCCGGAGAACUUCGAGACGGAUGGCAUUGAGGUCACGACUGGCCCGCUUGGUAUGGGCAUCUCCAAUGCUGUUGGCUUGGCUGCCGCAGAAGCUCACAUGGCGGCCGCAUACAACAAGCCGGACUUCACUCUCAUCGACCACUACACCUACACCAUUGCGGGCGACGGCUGCAUGCAGGAAGGCAUCUCCCACGAAGCCUGCGCCUACGCUGGCCACCUCGGGCUGGGCAAGCUCAUUGCUUUCUACGACGACAACGGCAUCACCAUCGAUGGCCACACCGACCUUUCCUUCACUGAGGACGUCGGCAAGCGAUUCGAGGCCUACGGCUGGCAGGUCAUCACUGUGAGUGACGGCGACAAG